UUCUCUCUGUGUGUCCUACAGGGCUCCUCGGGCCAGGUCUCUGUCUGAUGGCUUUUAUGAAAAAAUAUCUCCCACCCAUUCUGGUGUUCUUCUUGGCCUAUCACUACUAUUCUGCAAAUGAGGAAUUCAGACCAGAGAUGCUCCAGGGAAAGAAAGUGAUUGUCACAGGGGCCAGCAAGGGGAUCGGAGAACAGAUGGCCUAUCAUCUGGCGAAAAUGGGAGCCCAUGUGGUGGUGACGGCAAGGUCUAAAGAAACUCUAAAGAAGGUGGUAUCCCACUGCCUGGAGCUUGGAGCAGCCUCAGCGCACUACAUUGCUGGCUCCAUGGAGAAUGUGACCUUCACAGAGCAAUUUGUUGCCCAAGCUGGAAAGCUCAUGGGGGGACUAGACAUGCUCAUUCUCAACCACAUCACCAACACUUCUAUGAAUCUAUUUAGUGGUGAUAUCCACCUUGUGCGCAGAAGCAUGGAAGUCAACUUCCUCAGUUACGUGGUCCUGAGCGUUGCCGCCUUGCCCAUGCUGAAGCAGAGCAACGGGAGCAUUGUUGUCGUCUCCUCGAAGGCUGGGAAAAUGGCUAGUCCACUUGUUGCACCCUAUUCUGCAAGCAAGUUUGCUCUGGAUGGGUUUUUCUCCUCUGUCAGGAUGGAACAUACAGUGACCAAGGUCAAUGUCUCGAUCACUCUCUGUAUCCUCGGCCUCAUAAACACAGACACAGCCAUUAAGGCCGUUACUGGGAUACUCAACAUCGAUGCAUCUCCGAAGGAAGAAUGUGCCCUGGAGAUCAUCAAAGGGGGAGCUCUGCGUCAAGAGGAAGUAUACUAUGACAACUCAGUCUGGACAGAGCUCCUGCUGGGAAAUCCAGGGAGGAAGAUCCUGGAAUUCUUGUUCUUAAGAAGUUAUAGUUUGGACAAAUUUAUAAACAACUAAGCACUUCCUUAAGGUGGGGCAUGGUAAGGGAGCUUUGGGACUGUUCUUCCUGAUAUUUAUCUGAGCUCCAUCCCUGAAGGCAUCUCCAAGGAGAGACAAAUGGGUGUCCCCAGAGAGUUGUAAGUCACACAUCACAUCUCACAAUUUGAAGGAGUUCCUCUUAACACUUGCACAGUGGAAACGUAACUAUAAUGAAUGUCAUGAACCACUGCAACCUGCAGUUGUGAAAUUGAUAGUAACCAUAGGUAUAAGUAAAAGGUAGUUCUAUCAAAUUUACCUCAUAUAUAAUAUUAUGAGUAAUAUAAUAUUAAUUAUAAUAAAGGUCAUAUCAAUGUUGUAAAUUCA